AUGUCAAGAAACAAAGGUCAAAGGAAGUCUGAAAAUAAGAAAUACAAAGAAACCAACUCAAAGGAGGAUAUCCAGCAAAACAAUAGAAGGAAUCGACCACGAUACACUCCAAUUGAACCAACCGAAAAAUGGGAAGGUAAAAUCUAUAAACUCGUAGACGGAUCACACUUUGACAGCUACUUGGCAGCCAUUGGUGUUGGUCCAGUAUUGCGUAAAAUAGCAAACUCAGUGCGCCCAGUUAUAGCUUUGCGAAAAAACGACGAAUAUUAUUCGCUGAUUACGGCAUCGGAUUUCGCCACAACCAUAUUGAGAUUUCAGCUAUGCCAAGCUUUCGAUGAGGAAACGCUGGAUGGACGCAAGAUGAGAACUACGAUGGCUUUGUUCAACAAUGUGCUGAUUCAGCAUCAACUGGGGGAUAUACCCUCUACGAUUGUACGUGAAUUUCACGACGAUAAAAUGAUUGCCAAGUACAUGGCGAAGGAUGUUGAGGCAGUGCGUAUAUUUCAACGUGCCGAUGAGGAAAUGUGCCGACAAAUAUGGGAAGCGAAUGCAGAAGGACCAACAUACCAGAGUGGUUGUUUUAGUGGUUGUUCGAGUGGUUGUUCGAGCUGUUUUGGCAAGCCAAAAAAGAAGCAUCGUUAA